GACGACUCUCGUUGGGGCGGGUAUUUUUAUCACCAGUGACUGUUAUUGAAGAUGUCAGUCGUACUACAGAGAGCAAUGUUAAAUGCGUUAAAGACAAGAGCGUGGACACUCGCUAGGGCCUCUUCCCCCAUAACGAAUGUGGGUCUACCAAAAUUGCUGAGAUGUCCCCAAAGGUCUCAACUCCCCUAUGCCGGUUGCUUACAAUUAAGCAGCACAUCGGCCCAAGAGAUACCAACAGAUUCCAGUCCGAUUGAAGAGAAAGUAUACCUCAGUGAAUCAUGUGUUAAGAGGCUAGGAGAGAUCAUGGAUAAGGGACAGUACCUGAGAAUACAGGUGGAAGGGGGGGGCUGCUCUGGGUUCCAAUAUAAGUUUGUCAUUGACAGUACUAGGAUGGAGGAUGACAGGGUGUUUGAGCAGGGAGGCGUAGGGGUCAUUGUGGACAAAGAAAGCCUGGAGUUUGUGAAAGGCUCUACCCUGGACUACACUCAGGAGCUGAUCCGCUCUUCCUUCCAGGUGGUAAAGAACCCCCAGGCAGACCACGGCUGCUCUUGCGGGUCCUCUUUCUCAGUCAAGUUAUGAGACUUUUGACCUGAGAUGGCAGCUCUCAUCCCCUAAUUCCUUCCAACCCUCCCACCUCACCAAUUCAUAGUGUAGACAUUUCAUUUGAAAUUAUAUAUUCAUAAACCAUUCUGUUCAUGGGUGCAUACAUUAUUCCAUAAUUUACUGAAUAUCUUCUUAGCAACUCUGCGACUAACAAUGUUGAGGAGGUGGUAUAACUUUAGGGAAAGUAUGAUUGGUUACAAAUCGAAACAAAGUGGAUGAGAAUCGGAGAUGUGCUUGGAUGUUUUCUGUGUUAAAGUUAUCUAAUUUAUGAAAAACUCUGUUGUCAAAUGGAUUAACUAUAUAUUUAUACUGAAGGAAGAUUAUGCUUUGGAGUUGUUUGAAUGUGCAGUAUCCUGUAUAUCUAUAUUUGUCUGUAUAUAUGUAGGUAAUUUCUCUAAGAAUUAAAGUGUCAAGGACA